UUUCCUGUCGGUAGAAACGAGCAAAGCAGGCGCUUGUGGAGGAGCCUGGAAACGGCUGAAGAACACCAGAAACUGACGCGCAGUUUGGUCUCAGCAGUGUGCUUUAUCCCUCGUAACGACCAGAGACCACCAUAAGCUGAACUCUACAAGAACCGAACCAAGGGUUCGGGCAGACCAACCAGCAUAAGCGAGCAGCUAACGUUAGCGGUGUUUUUGGCUCAUCUAACCGGUCGUGCUAACGCGUUAGCCUCGGAUAGUCAGGUGCAAGCCGACUGCUGGUGCUGCUACUGCUGCUGCUGCUGAAGGGAGGGAAUUAAGCUUUGGCUUCCAGUGUUGAGCUUCCAUGGAUACAUCGCCCUGGAUCUACCCGGCCCGACGGAAUUAGCGGAGGCUUCUGCUCUCUCCUUCUUCACAUCCACCAGGUGGAGUACACAGCAAAGAGAAUUGGUCCGAGCACGGAGCUCUGUAGUACUCCACAAGUGAAUCUGCAGAGUGGAUAAGAUUUAUCAUUCAGAAUGCCAAGCCCUUCCCCUCCUCAGACAGCCUAGCGAAGGUCCAGGAGGUAGCAAGCUGGCUUUUGGAAAUGAACCAGGAUCUGCUGUCGGGGGGCAGCAGCAGCAGGCGCAGUCGGGGCCUCGGGGGUCAGGCCGUGCGAGGUAACGCCUCCUCCACCACCCGGGCACCACAGCAGGCGGCCGAGGACGAUGAGGACGAGCACAUUAACCGAGUGGUGGAGGAAGAGGAGCUGCGGCAGAGGCCGGAGGUGUCGCAGGCUGAUGGCGAACGGGAGCAGCCGUGGCCGCCCGGUGAGUCCGGAGCCAGCAACGGCCCUCAGGGUGAAGGGGAGGAGGGCCGAGGAGGGCCGCUAAGCGAAGUCACCGGGGACGACAAGGGAAGCCAGUGGCAGUGGGGGACGGACCAGCAGAGGCAGCUCCAAGGACAGCGCCCCCUGGAGGAGGACGAGGAGGAGGAGGAGGAAGAGAAUAACAACAGCAGCAGUCACCAAGAGGAGGAGGACACAGAGGGGAGGACAGAGGGAGGGGAGGAGCAUGGGAGGGAGGAAGGAGAGGACGAGGAGGAGGAGGAAGAGGAGGACGAUGAGGAGAUGGACCAAGAUAGCGAUGAGUUUGAACAUUCGGUGGAAAGUGGGAGAGAAGAGGAGGAAGAGGAGGGGGGAGAGGGAGAGGAAGGGCUGCGCUCCCCCUCCCUCAGGAACAGCAUGUCCACCCCCAGUAGGAAUCAGGAGACGGGAUGUCCACACCAAAGUUCUUCCAGCAAGAAGAUGAAGAGAAAGUUGGACCAUGGCCCAGAGGUCCGAUCUUUCCCUUCAGGAAAAAAGCCCUGCAAAGGCCCAGAGUAUCCGAGCCCAACAGGAAUUGUCCCGUGUCCAGCCACACCCACCACCUUCGGCCACAUCAGAGCGGCCAACGGCCAGGGCCAGCAGAGACGACGAAUCACCUCAAUCCAGCCUCCUACGGGGCUCCAGGAAUGGCUCCGAACAUUUCAGAGCUGGAGCGGCCCAGAGAAGCUGCUAGCGCUGGAUGAGCUGAUCGACAGCUGUGAGCCCACACAGGUCAAGCAUAUGAUGCAGGUGAUCGAGCCGCAGUUUCAACGCGACUUCAUCUCCCUGCUGCCCAAAGAGCUGGCUUUGUACGUACUUUCAUUCCUGGAACCGAAGGACCUCCUGCAAGCGGCGCAGACGUGUCGCUACUGGCGCAUCCUGGCAGAGGACAACCUGCUGUGGAGAGAGAAAUGCAGGGAAGAGGGUAUCGACGAGCCUCUGCCCCCACGGAAAAGGAAGGUGGCCAAGCCGGGCUUCACCCACAGCCCGUGGAAGAGUGCCUACAUCAGGCAGCACAGGAUAGACACCAACUGGAGGAGAGGGGACCUGAGAUCACCAAAGGUGCUGAAGGGACACGACGACCAUGUGAUCACCUGCCUCCAGUUCUGCGGCAACCGCAUUGUCAGCGGCUCCGACGACAACACACUGAAGGUCUGGUCGGCCAUCACAGGAAAGUGUUUACGGACGUUGGUGGGCCACACCGGGGGCGUGUGGUCGUCCCAGAUGCGAGACAACAUCAUCAUCAGCGGCUCCACCGAUCGCACGCUCAAGGUCUGGAAUGCAGAGACGGGAGAAUGUAUCCACACCCUCUACGGGCAUACCUCAACAGUACGCUGCAUGCACCUACACGAGAAAAGGGUGGUCAGUGGCUCUCGUGACGCCACGCUUCGUGUCUGGGACAUCGAGACGGGUCAGUGUUUACACGUCCUCAUGGGGCACGUGGCGGCAGUGCGCUGCGUCCAGUACGACGGGCGGCGGGUGGUCAGCGGGGCCUACGACUUCAUGGUCAAAGUGUGGGACCCAGAGACAGAGACCUGCCUCCACACGCUGCAGGGCCACACCAACAGAGUGUACUCUUUACAGUUUGACGGGAUCCACGUCGUGAGCGGCUCCCUGGACACGUCCAUCAGGGUCUGGGACGUGGAGACGGGGAACUGCAUCCACACCCUGACGGGUCACCAGUCCCUCACCAGCGGCAUGGAGUUGAAAGAUAACAUCCUGGUCUCAGGCAACGCAGACUCCACUGUCAAGAUCUGGGACAUCAAGACGGGCCAGUGUCUCCAAACGCUGCAAGGUCCCCACAAGCACCAGAGUGCCGUGACGUGCCUCCAGUUCAACAAGAACUUUGUCAUCACCAGCUCUGACGACGGCACGGUCAAGCUGUGGGACCUGAAGACGGGCGAGUUCAUCCGGAACCUGGUGACCCUGGAGAGCGGCGGCAGCGGCGGCGUGGUGUGGCGCAUCCGGGCGUCCAACACCAAGCUGGUGUGCGCGGUGGGCAGCCGCAAUGGCACAGAGGAAACCAAGCUGCUGGUGCUGGACUUUGACGUGGACAUGAAGUGACAGGAAGUGGUGCGGGGGAACACGCCGUGGAAGGACGAAGAGAGCGACACGCAGAGAGAGAGGAGGAGGGGGACGGGAGCCCGGAGACCCAAAAACGCUUCACCUACACUCAGAGAGUCUACAAUCACAAAACCCGCCGCUGCCCGCGUCUACUGUUGGAGUUCCUGCUACGGACAAACUCAGUUCCUCAGAGUCCGGUCCCCUUUGUCCCCCGGCCCCUCCUGCUGAAGGUGAUCUGGAGGGAGAAAUGGAGCGAACUCUCCUGAGGCCGGCUUCGCACAGAGGACCCGCUUUUACUCGAGUGGGACAGAUUUUCAGAUGUACAGAGAGAUAUUAUUUUUUAAAACUCCUUCACCCGCCCAGCCAUCUGCCUGCUCCCUCCCCCAUCCCUCCCAUCAGAGCGUGUGCAUACGGUCAUCAUGAUGACUGGCUUCCCCUCACAGUUCCUCCCAAAGAGCUGCUGGACGUGGUGGGGGGGCGUCGGGGUGGUCCGGCCCGUUUCCGUCACUCCGUUUCCGUUCUCAUCGCUCUGGACUUCUGAUUUCUCCACAUAAACACAACUGUGAAUUUCAGGAUCUGAAGAGGUUUUUUUUGUUGUUGUCGUUGUUGUUGGUUUUAUGCUUCAUGCAGAAUUUCAGUAUUAGAGGAAGAAUCCGGUCCGGUCUGGUCCAGUCCGGUCUCUGUUACCGUGAGUGCUGUUCAGCUCUGGGGGGGCUUCCUCAGAAGCUGGAGGGCUGAGGACAAACACCUCUACUAUCCACUGACCCCAACCUGCCCUGACCGCGCCCCCCCGAGUGGCCAAACUGAAUCUAAUGCUGCUAGAGGAACCGGAACCAGAGAACGGAGCUUCUACUUGCUGUGACGUUUUAGUCCACAGGCGAAAUUCCUCACAGGACUCUGUACGUUUGGACUUAAACCAGAAAAGUGACGUGAUCACCAUCCUCCGACCCUUUCUUUUUUUUUUUCCGCAUUUGUUUUUUUGUUUUGUUUUGUUUUUUGCCACUGAAACUUGAGCCAAACGUGCCUCUGCGUUUGAGGCUACGAGGAGAGAGCGCGUCCGACAGAAACUGACAGGAGACACAAACGAGGGGGAAUUGUAACACUGUUAGAGAACGUGUGUGUGCCUGUGUGUGUGUGUGUUAAAGCGUGUUAGCUGGCAGCUUAUCACAUUCCUCGGGACAACGCUUCUCCAGCCUGUUCUUUGGGAAAAAUGUUAAAAUGCUGCGUGGACUGGCUUAAAAAAAAAAAAAGAGGUUAAAAAAGAAAUCAAACUAACAGAUGUACUGAUUUUAACUUGUGAAUGAGAGAAUGGCCCAUAUGUCUGUAUGAGACUGUUUUUUUUGUUUUGUUUUUGUUUUGCUUUUUUUCCCCUCCACAGGUGUCUGAAGCAACAGAGGAAACCACCAUCAUGCAUCAGCUGGCAGGUCGGGCCGCGGAGCGUCUCGGUGUUCCACCGAAACGAACAUGGACAAAACACCUUGUAGCCAAAACAAGUCGUCUCAAAACCUCCCAGAGUCACAGCUCCAGCCGAACUGUGAAAGUGGUAUAACACUGUAUAUUAAAAAAAAAAAAAAAAAAAAAACAACGAACGAAAGAAAGAAAACAAUCUCGCUCUAUCCCCUCCUGUUGUUUUCUCCGUCUGAUUUUAAUUUAUGAUCUGGUUUGAGAAAUCAGAUUUGUUGCAGGUGUUUUUAUUUUGUUCAAUUCAUGUAAAACUGCCUGGCAAAAAACAGCAAAAAACAAACUAAAAACAGACAAAAAAAAAACCUGAAAGGGAUUGUGUAUUUGUUUGAUUCACUUAGAAUUUUAUUUUCUUAUAACUUAAGUGCAAUAAAAUGUGGGUUUUUCUUUUUCAUUUCAAGCAUAUCAGUUGUCUGUUUUUGUUUACCUCUGUGAAGGCAUCUUAUAUGGUCAAUAAAGCAAAACUAUUUGGUUAAA